AUGGCGGAGCAGCGUCAGGACGUCACCAUGAUGGAGGAUCAUGCAGCUGGACAGGAGAAGCACAUCCCGUCAGGCUAUCCCCUUCAGAUACCAGUCGAUGAUGGAUCGGAUGAGCCUGUUUCUGAAACAUCUGACGCUAAGAGCACCCCAACUACGGAAGAUGCCACAGCACCUUUAGUGGAGGAAGGAGACCACGAGGAUCAGGGUGGUGUCGAACAGCACGGGGAGAUCCCAGAAGGAACCACAGCUGAAGAAGCGGGCGUAGGAGCCACCCCCAACCUGGAAGACCACGCUGCAGGAGAUGUCCCUCAAGGUCGUAUGGACAGCAAAGACAAGGAGGGGACUGAAGCUGAGGAAAAGAAGCUGAAGGGCCCGGAGAUGAGAGGUGGCACGAAGACGGCCACGCCGCGGUCUGGAGCCGGGCAGGCUCAGAGGAACUCGACCAAUGCCACGCGCAUCCCAGCAAAGACACCCACGGCCCCCAAGACACCUCCCAGCUCCGGCAGAAAGGAGCAGAAAAAACCACCUCCUGCAGCAGCAAAGUCCGAGAAAGGUGAGCAGCCAAAGUCUGGAGACAGAAGCGGUUACAGCAGUCCCGGCUCCCCCGGGACUCCAGGCAGCCGUUCCCGCACUCCCUCUCUGCCCACCCCACCAGCCAGGGAGCCCAAGAAGGUGGCAGUGGUUCGCACACCACCGAAAUCUCCUGCAUCUGCCAAGAGCCGCAUCCAGCCGUCAGCCGCACCCAUGCCUGAUCUGAAAAAUGUGAAGUCCAAAAUUGGCUCAACUGAAAACCUGAAGCACCAGCCCGGAGGUGGCAAGGUGCAGAUUAUUAAUAAGAAGCUGGACUUUAGCAGCGUUCAAUCCAAGUGUGGCUCAAAGGAUAAUAUCAAACACAUCCCAGGAGGAGGCAGUGUUCAAAUCGUUUACAAGCCAGUCGACCUGAGCCACGUGACAUCCAAAUGCGGUUCCCUGGGCAACAUCCAUCACAAACCAGGCGGUGGCCAGGUGGAGGUGAAAUCUGAGAAACUGGACUUCAAAGAUAAGGUGCAAUCGAAAAUCGGGUCCUUAGAUAACAUCAGCCACGUCCCUGGAGGAGGAAAUAAAAAGAUUGAGACUCACAAGCUGACUUUCCGUGAGAACGCCAAAGCCAAGACCGACCACGGCGCUGAAAUCGUCUACAAGUCCCCCACCAUCUCCGGAGAUGCCUCCCCGCGCCGCCUUAGCAACGUCUCCUCCACCGGCAGCAUCAAUAUGGUGGACUCCCCCCAGCUCGCCACGCUAGCCGACGAAGUGUCCGCUUCGCUGGCCAAGCAGGGCUUGUGAUCGGGGCACGGCAGGCGAAGAUGAGAGAAGACGAGGAAAAAAAAAAAGAAAAAAAAAAAGAAAAGAAACAAAAAUAAUAAUCUGGCCUUCUUCCUCUGUUCCUUUUACAGCUGCUUCCCCAUCCCCU